UGUUCUCCGCGGUGCUCGGAAACAUGGCGGCCUACAGCAGCCUGUCGACUCUGUUCCCGGUUCAGAGCGAGCUGGAGAGCGGCCUGGAGGAGGCGAGCGGCCCGCGGGAGAGGGAGGAGCUGGUGGCGGAGUAUCUGAAAAAACUGGACCACAAGGAAGACCUGAAAGUUCCAGAUUUUGAGGAAGGACUAGACUGGCUGAACACAGAGGGUCCUCUGUCUCUGCAAAAGGAGUUGGCAGGGAAAGUGGUGGUCCUGGACUUCUUUACCUAUUGCUGCAUCAACUGCAUGCACUUACUGCCUGACCUGCACCAACUGGAGCAACGUCACACUGUUAAAGAUGGCCUGGUCGUGGUCGGUGUUCACUCAGCCAAGUUCCCCAAUGAAAAGGUUCUACAGAACAUUUGCUCUGCAGUGCUAAGGUACAGCAUCACGCACCCUGUAGUGAAUGAUAGUGAUGCGCGGCUAUGGCAGGAGUUGGAGGUGGCUUGCUGGCCCACCUUGGUGAUCCUGGGCCCCAGAGGAAAUUUGCUGUUUUCUGUAGUGGGUGAAGAACACAGAGACAGGCUUUUCCUGUUUACCUCCGUCGCUCUAAAGCACUAUGGAGAGCAAGGCCUUCUGAGGGACCAUGCUGUGGGAAUGAAGCUCUUCAGAGACUCCUUACCUCCUUCCAUCCUCUCCUUCCCUGGAAAGGUAGCAGUGGAUCCCGUCAGCAAGAAGCUGGCCAUUGCGGAUACAGGACACCAUAGGAUUUUGGUGGUCUCCAGUACUGGAAAAGUUCUUUACUGUAUAGGAGGUUCUGGAAGUGGCUGGAAGGAUGGGAACUUGUCUGAGACACUGUUCAAUUCUCCUCAAGGAGUAUUCAUAAAGGGAGACACUGUGUUUGUGGCCGACACAGAGAACCAUCUGAUCAGGAGGAUUGACCUUUCAGAGGGAAGAGUCACUACUUUAGCUGGUACUGGACUCCAAGGCACAGACAAGGAGGGCGGGGCAAUGGGGCCGCAGCAGCCAAUCAGCUCCCCCUGGGAUGUAGCCCUCGGCACUACAGGUGGUGUAGAGGAUAACGUGUUGUGGAUCGCCAUGGCAGGGACUCAUCAAAUCUGGGCUGUGUUCCUGGAGGAUGGGAAGCUGCCCAAAGGAAGUGAGUACGGGAAGGGAGUGUGUGUGCGGUUUGCAGGCAGUGGGAAUGAGGAGAACAGGAAUAAUUCGUACCCUCAUAAGGCUGGUCUGGCUCAGCCCUCAGCUCUGGCUCUUGUCCCCAUCCAGCCCUGGAACUGCCUGUUCAUCGCAGACAGUGAGAGCAGCACCAUCCGCAGCGUGUCCCUGAGCGACGGGGCAGUCAAGCACGUGGUGGGAGGCGAGAGGGACCCCUUGAAUCUUUUUGCGUUUGGAGAUGUGGAUGGUAAAGGUAUAGACGCUAAGCUCCAGCACCCAUUGGGAGUGGCCUGGGAUGCCAGCAGCAGCCUUCUUUAUGUGGCCGACUCGUACAACCACAAGAUCAAAGUAGUGGACCCUAAGACUAAGCAGUGCAGGGUGCUGGCAGGCACUGGGGAAGCGAGCGAUGUGUUUGGCCCGAGCUUUACAGAAUCCAGCUUCAACGAGCCUGGCGGCUUGUGUGUGGCUGAGGGGGGCAAGUUGCUUUAUGUAGCAGACACCAACAACCAUCACAUCAAAGUGCUGGACCUCGAGACCAAAACUGUCUCCCUGUUCCCGAUUUCAAUUGAGGAAGUGGAUGCCUCUACUGCUACAGUUAGAAAGGUUCCCAAGAUUCCCAAGCUUCCAAAGUCCGCCCCUGUCCUCAGUGUGGCUGCGCUGCCUGUGUCUGCAGGACAGGCCAUCCGAAUGCACCUCAACCUUACUUUACCUGCAGGCACCAAACUAACCGAAGAAGCACCAAGCUUCUGGAGUCUGUCUGCUGAAGGUCAUGAGUGGUUACUGGAAGGACAAGCUGUUACAGGUGACAUUGCUGAUCUGUCCCAGCCACUAUCCAUCACCUGCUCCGUCCCAGCUCAGGCUGUGUCCUCAGACCCCACACUGACCCUCAGCGCCUGGGUCUACUGCUGCCUCUCAGAUGGAGGAGCGUGUAUGAUGAAGGCAGUGUCCUUUGUGCAGCCUCUGCUUAUAGACUCUGAAGCCAAGGGUGAUAAUGUAGCUGUGACUCUAGCACAUGCUUUCUAAACCGUGCAGUUACUGUUAAAUACACUGCAAUGGUGUUUACCCAACCCUGGUCUUAGGAUACAGUAGCUGUGAAUGUUUGGGUGUUUUCUAAGUUUAAAACGGGCCAAUAUCAUCACUUUCAUGGGGGAGGGGUUUUAUUCUCCAAAAUGGCGACUUACAGUUGAAGCAGCUCUUUGUAGUUCUAUAAUUACAGGACUAUAGUCCUGUAUCUACAUUCUUAAUUAUCCUCCUUUCACCCUGUUCUGCAAUGGACAUGAUAGAACCACCACAGAGCAGGUAUUAUUUGGGUGAUUGAUCAUUCUCAGCACUGCAGUGACACUAACGUUAUGGUGGUGUGUUAGUGUGUGUUGUUCUGGUAUAAGUGGAUCAAACACAGCAGUACUGCUGGAGUUUGUAAACACCUCAGUGUCACUGCUGGACUAAGAAUAGUCCACUUCUCCACCGCUUCUCUGUCUGACUUUACAUAUACAUGUACAUGAAUGGACACAGUGUUUAAAAACUCCAGCAGCACUGCUGUGUCUGAUCCACUCAAUUUAUGCUACGUAGUUUGUGUUUAUUGUUGCUGUCCAAAACUUAAAACUUUACCAGAGAAGGGGAUAAUGGUCAUUUUGGAUCAUUUUUCAUUAGCCCUUCAGCCCAUUCUGGAGAUAAUGUGAAAGACAGCUGUUGUGAUCGAAGGAUGUAAACUAAAGAUCAACAAAAAUAUUGAUACUUUUUGUAACAUACUUUAAAAUGUUCAGAGCAAAUAAAUUCCAGGACUAAGGUUGGGAAAACACUAGUGUAAAACAUAUAUAAUGCAGUAAAUUAAGCUUAUUUAAGGACACAUACAUAUUUAAUCCAUUGUGCAUAUGAUUAGGAGAGUUGUACAGUGGUGUUCAGAGUGAGCACUGAUAGUCCACUGAUAGAAUCUCACUUGUGCAUCUUAAGGAUAACUUGAAAAAACAGAACAAAAGUGCCUUUUUCUUAGUAAGUGAAGUAAGUGUUUGUUAUUUACGUAUCUGCGUUGGCUAUCACAGCUUUGUGUUGUCUGUCAGUCAGUCAGUCAAAUCUAGUUUUUCCCUUUACAUCUGACAUACCAUAUUUUCACAUGCAGACCAAAUCUGAGCUAAAUCGCUUGUAUACUCUCUGUCAGACAAUUCAGUAGACAGCUACAUGUAUUAAUAGCAAACACUUGGGGAGCUUUUCACUGUGCUAGAAAAGUAGCAAUACAUGGCUGCACGCGCAUCUUGUUGGAAAUACAGUAUAUUUAUUAGGCCAGUGUGAUGACUUAUCAUGAAAUAUCACACUAUAACCUAUGACGAACAAUGUUUUCUCAAUUAUGUGUAAAUUUGGAUGUUUUUCAUUAUUAGUCAUCUGAAUUUUUGAUACACAACACACAUAGCCAAGGGAUGAGAAAUAUUAUUAGCUGUCCUGCUGACAGUGCUAGAGUUCUGUUCAGUCUAUAGUUUUAUUACUAAGCUAGCUUAUCUUACACUCUGUUUACACAUUGUCUUUUCACACUUGAGUUUGUCAUAAAUACAGUGCUUGUUUACAAGGUCUCAGUGCCAUUAAAAAGGAAAGGAGACAGUAUAAACCGUCUAUAAUCUAAUUUAUGUCAACUUAAUAUAUAAACCAUAUGAUUAAUUUUAGAGUGUCUUUAGAAUAGAAACAGGCUAAGAAACUGGUUAAGAAAACCGGCUUGCAAAAAGGUGUUAAAGUUAGCAUUAGGAAUUACAUUAAUAACAUUAAAUCCGCUCAAACUAGUAUUACUCAUGCUUGUCAGGUCAUAUUUUUGACUUCUUGGGAUCGAUCCAGAUCCCUGGUUGGUGGUGUGACUGACUUGGAGAGAUGGGGAGUCUUUGCUUCAGUCAUAGUUAGUUCUCUGUUCUCUAAAGGCAGCUCUUUUUUACACAGCAUCUAAAUUCAGCACUUUAACUUAAUGACUGUUUGAAUUGAUUCAUAUAUUAAACAUUAUUUUACUGUAAA